AGGGUGGCUAAAUCGUCUAAUGUGUUAAUGUGAUUCAUCAACAACAAUCGUUAAAACUGGGACCAAAAAAAAAAAUAAUUAAAUUGCUUUGUCAAUGAAGCCAAAAUCAUUUUGGAGUCAAUUGCAUCAAAUUUAUUCAUGGCAAUGUAUGAGAAAUAAAAUAUACAAAAGCUUCAAUGAUAAAGAAAAGAAAGCUACUGCAUUAUUUAAAAUAUUUGAAACAACUAAGGCUGCUUGUAUGUUAAAAUACAACAUGAAAAAUACCAAGAUAAUGAUAAUGUUAAUGAUGACAAUAUAAUAAGGUGGUGUAAUAGUAGUGAUAAAAAGUUUUAAAAAUUAGUGAAAUAGUGUUUGUGUGUACUGUAGCUGAUUGAAUCAUCAUGAACUACAUGGCUUUGGAGCAUUUUGAUAACCAGCGUGGGAUGGAUGUUCAUCCGCUAAAAAGGAUAAUGGAACAAACCGAGAAAAUCAAUCUACACUUUUCUCAUCAUCAUCAUCUGCAAUAACGAAUAUGAGUUUUAAUGGGACAAGCCGAUAACAACAAUCAUCAUUAACUUCAGCACCGAAAAAAUAGUUUCGAAAUGUCAAAUGGUGUACAAUUAUUGAAUAAUAAUCAAUCACCAAUGAAAAAAGAUGGAAUUGCUGAGGUGUCAGAAAGGCGGCAAGUUAAACCAGUUAAAAGCCGUUUGACAAUGGAGGCAAAAAAAAAUUCACCAUCAACUGGUCAAAAAAGAUCUGGUGAUCCUAUUAUUGAAGGUGCUCAAAUACCAAAAAAACGUCACAAGAAUCCUCAACCAAAAAAUGCAGUUUGUGCAUUAAAUGAAUUAAAAACAGGUGCUGUUUAUGAAGAAGUAUCAAGAUCAGGACCAACACAUGCUCCAAUAUUUACAAUGUGUGUACAAAUUGAUGGACAAAAAUAUCAGGGUAAAGGACGUACGAAAAAAAUGGCAAAACAUGCUGCUGCUGAAGUUGCACUUAGAAGUAUUGUACAAUUUAGAAAUACACCAGAAGUACAUCAAGCAUUAAAUGUAUGUCAUAAUGUACCAUCAAUUGAAACUGAUUUUACAAGUGAUGUUACAGAAAAAGAUAAUCAUCUUGUUAAUGCAUUUAAAACAUUAACACAAGAACCAAAAAAUUCAAAUAGAUUUGUUGAUAAAGGACCAGUUGCUUUAAUUAAUGAAUUAUAUCCAGGUGUUGUUUAUACUUGUGUUUCUGAUAAUGGUGAAAGUUAUUCAAAAUUUACAAUAUCAGUAUCAAUUGAUGGUGAAAUAUUUGAGGGUACUGGUCCAAGUAAAAAACUUGCUAAAGCAGCAGCAAGUAAAGCAGCAUUAGCUAAACUUAGAAAUGUUCAUAGUUCAACAUUUUGUAUAUCAUUACCAGUUAGAAUAUUACCAAAUUUUACAAAUACUCAUUUUACACAUGAACAAAUGAGUUUACCACAAAUGUUAGCUGAUAAAAUUGGUAAAAUGGUUAAUUUAAAAUUUACUGAACUUAUGCAAAGUAAACCACAACAUGCUAGACGUAAAGUACUUGCUGGUAUUGUACAAACAAAAGGAACAGAUGCUGAUUUAAUUUGUGUUACAACAGGUACAAAAUGUGUAUCUGGUGAACAUUUAAGUGUUACUGGUGGUGCUUUAAAUGAUUGUCAUGCUGAAGUUGUUGCACGUCGUUGUCUUUGUGAAUAUUUAUAUAAACAAUUAUCAUUACAUAUGGAAAAUCGUAGUGAUGAAUCAAUAUUUGAAGUUGUUAAAAAAGGCUAUAAAUUAAAAUCAGGUAUACAAUUUCAUUUGUAUAUUAAUACAGCACCAUGUGGUGAUGCAAGAAUAUUUUCACCACAUGAAGAAAAUGAAUCAGUUGAUAAACAUCCAAAUAGACGUGCACGAGGUCAAUUAAGAACAAAAAUUGAGUCUGGUGAAGGUACUAUACCAGUCAAAAGUAGUGAAGGAAUACAAACCUGGGAUGGUGUGCUAAUGGGUCAAAGACUGCUGACGAUGUCGUGUUCGGAUAAAAUAGCUCGAUGGAACGUACUAGGUGUGCAAGGUGCACUCCUCAGCCACUUCAUCGAGCCCAUUUACUUCCACAGCAUCGUUCUUGGCAGUCUGUUACAUCCAAGUCACAUGUAUCGUGCUGUUUGUGGUAGAAUUGAAAAUACAAUUCAAGGUUUACCACCACCAUAUCGUUUAAAUAAACCAUUGAUGAGUUUAAUAACAUCAUCUGAAGUACGACAACCAGGCAAAGCACCAAAUUACAGUGUCAAUUGGACAAUUGGUCAAAAUGAAGCUGAAGUUAUUAAUUGUACAACUGGAAAAGAUGAACUUGGUAAACCAUCAAGAAUAUCAAAAAAAGGUCUAUUUAAAAUGUUUUUUACACUACUUGGUAAUUUAACUCCUAUUGAUGAUGCUGAACGUGAAUCAUGUCGUCAUUAUUUAGAUGCAAAAUUAUCUGUUCAAGAUUAUUCGCUUGCUAAGCGUCAAUUGAAGGAGGCAUUUGUUCGUGCUCAACUUGGUAAUUGGGUGAAGAAACCCAUUGAACAAGAUAUGUUUGAAGCUGACAUCUGACUAGCUGAUAAAAAAUUAAUAAAUAAUUUUUCACAAAUAAAUUAUCUAGUUCCAAGUGAAAAAAUUUAGAUCGCUCGUUCAGCGUGUUAUAGUCCGGUAGAGUAUGGCAUCAGUAAAGCAUAAAUCGUAGGAACUCAUUUAUUAUAGAACAUUAAUAUCAAAAAUAUUGAUAAAAAUGUGAUUAGUACAACAAAUUAAUAAUUAUUAAUUAAUAAUAAUAUGAAAAUUGUCAAUCAAUUACAAUUUUUAAUUACAUAUACAAGGGUUGUGUAAUAACAGUCGUUGUUUUUUAUUUUUAUUUUUUUAUUUUAUAUUUUUUUUUGUCAAGCCAUGACGUGCACAACCCUAAAAUAUAUUAUACUAAUUCAGUCAAUCAUUAAGUAGUUAAUUAGGGGUUUCAAAUGUGACAAGACUUUAUUAAUUACUUAGUUAUCAUGAUAAAUAAAAAAACGUAAUACGUAGACCAGUGAUAAUUAUAAUUUUUAAUUAAUGACUAAUUAAUAAUGAGUCAUAGUAAGAAAAUAAAAAUCAAGUGAUUGCCUGUUUUUAGGCUUUUUAAAAAGUUAAAUUUUUUUUUUUACGAUUAUUUACAAGUUUGUUAUUUAUUUAUUUUUUCCAUAUAUAUAAAAGUUAAAUUUUUUUUUUUUUAUUUGUAGAGGACUAAAUAAAAUAAAUAAUAGUUCAAAAUCAAUUAUUACAAGUAGACAUAUCGAUAAAGUCAUAUAAUCAUGAUUAAAAAAUAUUUUACAAUAGUCAAUGAUAAUAUCGGUUCAUGACAUAUUAUUUAAAAGCAAAAAUUUUUAUAGUCAAUUUUUAGUAAAAUAAAUAGUACGUCACAAUUAAAUCACUAAUUAGUUUUAAAAUAUAAGCAAUACAAAAAAUAAUCAAGUCAUAUUUCAUAGGAUAACUAGGAAUUUUAGUGCUCGUAGCUGGGACUUUUUUUAGUCACUGCACGUUUGCAUCCUCUGAAGGCUGUGACCUUAAAAAAAAAAAAAAAUUAUUAAUAAUAAUAAAUUAAAAAUAAUUAGCAAACGAAAAGUUUUUUUUCAUGAAUGAUAAUAAAAAUUUUGAAAGUUGAGGAUUUAGGCAGAGUGUCCUAAGAUGAUUGCCUCACUGUGUCACACUCACAAUAGUUAAAAAAUUAUUAUAUAAUACAAUAAAUAAAAAAAAAUAAUAAUUAUAAAAAAUCAUAAAACUCUGCCGUUAGUGACACGUUGACCGAUGCCGAUCCAGUUUUACGCAAAUGAACUAGAUAACAAUUAUUGUGCCCUACAAAAAAAAAAAAAAAUGUAAAUAAUUUCAACUAUCAAUUAUCUUAAAAAUAAAAGACGAUAACAUUAAAAAUUGUUAAAAACAAUUUUACAAAAUCUCAAGAGUAUGUAACGGGCCAAUUAUUUCGAUAAUGAAAUUUAAAAAAAAAAAAAAGGAUAUAAUUUCUUUUAAAAUACUUGAAAUAUUAAGUAUAGAAUUUUUUUUUUUUUCUUUUCAAUACUUUCAUUAAGCUUGUUAAGAUAUUUUUUCAUAAAAUUAAAUUGAUCGAAUAUAUCAUUUGCGUAUCAGUGCCAAUGAUAAAAAAAAAUAAUACUAAAAAAUCUUGUACACUGAAUUUGCCAUUAAAAAAAUUAGAACAAAAAAAAAAAAAAUAAUGAGAUCUUAAAUCUAAAAAAUAUGAUAAAAAUGCUAAUAAUAUUUUCAAUAGUUUACAUAGUUGACAAAAAAAAACAGUAUUUCAAAUAGUAUUCUUUGAUUAAAAUUUCUUCCAAAAAAUAAAUCUUCGUACGAUAUAUUUUUUGUCGUAAAAUAAUUUUAAAUAAAUAUAUUACUUCCGAUAUCAAUCUUGUUGAUUGUUGAAAAACUUAUAAAUUAAUAUCAACGAAAAUUAAAAGUGAAUCUAGGGCACAUUAAGUUUUUUUUUUUUUUUUGUUUUUUUGACAUAAAUAAUUGCACGAGUUAAUUGUGCAGUUACUCAAUAGAUUUACUGCUCAAUUGACGGUAGUUAAAACCAAAUAAUUAAAUAAUAAUAAUAAUAGUUAUAACAAUAAUAGUACACAAAUGUAUUAAUCAGAAAAAAAUUUUUUAAACAAAAAAAAAAUAUCGUAACAAUAUGCAUGAAUUCAAUAAUUAAAAAUAAUAUACAAAAUUUAAAUACAAUUAAUAAUUAUAUUAUAAAAAAAAACAUAGUUGCAUAGAUAAAAUAAUAAUUCCCUUUUGGGUAAUGAAUUUUAAAUAAUACAAUAAUUUCACAAAGAUUUAAAGAAAAAAAAAAAUAAUCUAAAAAUUUGAUGAUAUACAUUUAAUAUAUAGAAUUAGAAAGAAAUUUUUUUUUUUUUUUUUGCGACGCUUUACAUCGAGUGAUUUCUAGGCAGCAAGCUAGUUUUUAAGCUUCGAUAAAAAUAGUGCCUAUGGUUAAUAAAUUUAAAAAAAAAAUAAACAAGUUAACUAGAACGCUAAUUAACUAUCAAUAAAGCCGUUA